UGUACCUUCAACACUGGUUGCUAAGCAACAGCGGAGGACGCUUCCGGUGGAGACUACCUUGUUAGCCAAAGCUGGAACGAGGACAUAUUAACGUUGUUUUUGCUCACUGUAUCAGUAUUUCGUCGCGCUCCCUCGUCGCCGUGGUCUUUUUCCAUCAUGAAGUAACGACGGAAACUUGCAAGUUUACUUUUCUUUUUUGUUCUCGACGUCGCCGUCGGACGCUUUGAUGGCUGGUUUGAUGUCGCGCGGCUGACUUCAGCCACGAACAACACAGAGAUGGAGGUGAAGCAGGUGACCUUGCGCAAGAGGUCCGGCGAAGUAGAUGAACACAACAAGAAGUUUGGUGUUUUAACCGCUGAGGUGGUCUCCAGCUGUGUGACCCACCUGGGACGUUUCGGCAGUGGACUGCAGCACUUGUACCAUCAACUGUCUCUGCCGAGUCACAAUCUCUGCGACGUCUCCAUUUUAUGCAGUUAUGUUCAUCUUCAAAAGCUGGAACUGCCACACAACAAAAUUAAAGAUUUGUCCUGUGUGAGCCACAUGCCCUACCUUGUCACCCUGGAUGCGUCCCACAACGAAAUCUCUGACUUCUUUGGAUUCCAGCCACCCAAGAACCUGAAGGAGGUCAAUUUUUCCCAUAACCGUAUGACACAAAUGAAGGACUUGUCGGCCUAUUCAUUUCUUAGUAAACUGGAUCUGGACCAUAACAGCUUCAGUGAGAUCAAUGGUCUCGGGCAAUGUCGUAAGCUCACUCAUCUCAGCCUGGCACACAACAAGAUCUCCAGGAUAGGCGGCUUGGACAAUCUGCCGCUGACUCAUCUCUGCCUGAGGGGGAACCAGCUGAAGAGGAUCGAAGGGUUGCAGAAUACGAAGAGUCUGCAGGUUCUCGACCUGUCCCUGAACUGCAUCACCAGCCUCUCUGGCCUCCAGAACCUCCACCUACUGGGCUCCAUCAACCUGGAGAAAAACCUGAUGAGUGAAAUUCAGGAGUGUAAACACAUUCACGAUCUUUACCUGGUGAGGGACCUCAAUCUGCUGCGAAACCCUGUGCAGGAGCAACAAGACUACAGACAGUCAGUUGUUUUUCUCCUUCAACAUCUCACGGUGCUGGACCAAGAGAAGGUCACUGCUGAAGAGAAGGUGUCAUCAGUGAACAAAUACGACCCUCCGAUGGAUUUGGUGGCAGCCAGAGAUCACAUGACCAACCUUGUGUGUCAGCUGAUGCAGCCCCAGGUGCUCUUUGACUGCACUUUGCCCAGUGCAGACUCCCCUUAUCCCAUGCUGGUCCUGACGGGUCCUCAAGGCUGUGGGAAGAGAGAGCUGGCCCACAGACUGUGUCAGGAGUUAAGCGAAUACUUUGGAUACGGAGUCUGUCACACGACAAGGGAACCGUACUUUGGGGAGGAGAAUGGAACCGAUUACCAUUUUGUCAAUGAGGAAGACUUUCAGAACAUGAUUCACAUGGAAGUGGAUCAGGGUAAGUUUAUCGAGACCAUGCGUUACGGGGGUCACAGCUACGGCCUGACCAGCGGUGCGAUCGACGACGUGGCUAGAGAGGGACUGGCCUGCUGUGUGCAUAUGGAGCUGGAGGGUGUGUUCAGUCUGAAGAAGAGCGUCUUCGAGCCUCGCUACAUCCUCCUCAUCCCCACCCACGUGGAGAAGUACAUGGGCCACCUGAAAGGCCGCGGUCUCUACACCCCGGCGCAGAUCGACACGGCGGUGUCGCGUUUAGAGCUCUACGCAAACACCAACAGGCAACAGCCGGGCUUCUUUGACUACGUUAUCCCCUGUGAUGACUGGGAAGACACGUACCCGACCCUGAGGCAGGUAGUGAGAGAGUACCUGUUGCUAGAGGAACAGGAAGGAGGAAACAACGACCGAGUCUCCCCUGACAACAGCUCCAUGGCCCCAGGUCCUGAGUCAGACGAAAAGCCAGCCUCGCCCCCGUCGAGGUCGGGAUCGGGGACGUCGCACUUUGCCACAGCUCUCGACCCGUUGGAUCCCUCUCACAGAAACUAUGUUGCCAAGAUCCAGGCGGAGCUCACCCCUCAGAAGAGCCCCGCGGAGCUAGCUUCCAUCAGGAGGCGAGAGCAGCUGGUGAGAGAGGCUAUAGUGGGGAAGAGUCCAGGGGUCUACAGCCAGCUCUUCAAAAGCUCUCCUCAAACUGCACAAUCAUCACUGCACAAUCAAGAUCCUGGCACCCGCGUUGGUGACGACAGCAGCUUGGAUGAGUCUCGUGUCAGUUCAGCUCUGUCUGUGCCCAAGUCAGCCGGGGCCAUGACUGGCCUAGUGGAACCGCUCGAUAUCUCUGUCCUGGGACACGCCUUGGAAACACUCGAAGACCAGCUGGAUUCAGGCCAAGCCCCUGACGCUCCCCAAUCAGACACAGGUCGACUAACUGCAGUGGUGUCUCCCUCUUCUGACCGACGCCCCGGGUCCAACACGAAGCCCGUCCUUCCUCCAAUCGCCGCCAGGUGCAAAAGCCCGACUCCUUCUCCGGGACGCAGCCUGAACGCAGCAGUCGGAGAGGGAGGACGCGCAAAAACAAAGCAAUAGCUUUUGAGGUUUCAGAGCACGUGACAACUGAGGAAGUUGUAAACAUUCAAAGUAACUUGCUUUUUUGUGAGAUUACAAUUUGAGCAUUGAUCAGUCAAUAUGUUCGUACAUAAAUUAGAUUUAAGGGGUUGGCUGUGAACAUCAACCAUGACACCACAGUCUUGUCACUAUCUCACCACAAUCUACAGCACGUGAUGUGAUUGACUAAAGCCGAACACUUUCUCGGGUUCACUGUCAGCACUUGCCUUUUCCUGUGCUCUGUUUCUCGUGCCGCGACACGUCUGGCUCUUUUGCACUUGCUAC